AUGCAUGGCUCAAAGGUCCAAGUAGUCGCUGCUGGCGGAAUUGCAGGACUCGUCUCAAGAUUCGUCGUCGCUCCCCUCGAUGUCAUCAAGAUCCGUCUCCAACUCCAACCUCACUCCCUUCCCAGCCAAGUAGCAGCUCUGCGCAACGGCCCAGCUUAUCGCGGAGCCUUUGCGACUCUAAAACACAUCCUCAAGCAUGAAGGCUUGACAGGUUUGUGGAAGGGCAAUGUCCCCGCGGAGCUCCUAUAUGUUUGCUAUGGCGCUGUCCAGUUCACGGCCUAUCGAUCGACGACCGUUUUCCUUCGAACAGCUUUCCCUUCAAGAUUACCCGAUUCUGCAGAAAGUUUUAUUGCCGGCGCGGCCUCGGGUGCAGCAGCUACAUCUGUCACAUAUCCUCUUGAUUUAUUAAGAACACGAUUCGCAGCUCAGGGGCAGCACCGCGUAUACCAGUCGCUUCGGAGUGCAAUCUGGGACAUCAAGCGCGACGAAGGAUGGCGAGGAUUCUUCAGAGGAAUUGGACCCGGCCUCGCCCAGAUUAUGCCCUUUAUGGGUAUCUUCUUCGUCACAUACGAGUCCCUCAGAUCGUCCCUGGAAGGGUUGCACAUGCCAUGGGGCAGUGGCGAUGCUACAGCUGGUAUGUGUGCCAGCGUCAUCUCCAAGACAGUCGUGUUCCCUCUUGAUCUUGUCCGAAAGCGCAUUCAAGUCCAGGGACCAGCACGCAGCCAAUAUGUGUACGGAAACAUUCCCGAAUAUUCCACCGCCCGAGGCGCCAUAAAAACAAUUCUACGCACAGAAGGCUUCCGCGGCCUUUAUAAAGGCUUAACUAUUAGCCUACUUAAAUCAGCGCCGGCGAGUGCUGUCACUCUCUGGACCUAUGAACAGAGCCUGAAAGUGAUGCUUGACUGGGACUCAAGCAGUAAGGAAACCAUUCCCAAUGACUUAUAG